AUGGUCGUUCUACAGGUGGAACCUUGGAAUGGAGCCACGCCAAGUGCACCAGACGAUCAUGACAAAACUCAUGAGAUGUUUGGGUUCCAGGAUUUGGCGAGUGACUACUACCAAGUCAUUAGACAGAAGGCAAGACCUAGUUGGUGUCGUUUUGUCUGGGGCAUUGUCAUCCUCAUCCUUAUGAUUUUCACAGGAUUCAUGGUCUACCAACUUUUAGCAGACUAUUUCCAGUACAAAUCUUUCGUAGAGUCCCACAUUUCAUGGGAGAAAAAUUUAACAUUACCAGCCAUAACAAUCUGCAACACCAACCCGCUAAACUACACAAGACUUAAAGAGGGAUUGACGAAUGGGAAUGAUACCAGACUGCUGCGGGAAUUUGAAAAUUUGAUGGACGAAUAUGUGAAAAGUAGCUCAAAACCGGACGGAAACUUGAACAUAAGUUUUGAAGAUUUUGCUGAUUUCAACAGCUGGGAGCACGAAGAAGGGUCUCUUGUUUUGAAGUUCAGACCAAGUUUAUAUCACAUGCUGUUUGGUGAGUACGACUAUGUUUUUAGAGGGAUUGGAAACUUCGUUGAUCACACGGAUUGGAGCAAGUUCUCCCAAAUGACAGAACUUGGAGUUUGUUUUGAACUGAAUGAUGAUGGUUCGUUAAAACAGAGUUCUGGAGGAAUGAAGGGUGGAUUGGCGGUAGAUUUGGAUGCAAACGUUGAUCACUACCUAUUUACCACAAAAAGCAAAGGAUUCGUUAUCUUCAUCAGGGAUCAAGAUGAGACUAUCAUGCUAAACAGAGGGGGCUAUAUGGUUUCACCCGGCUCAGAAACAUUCCUAAAACUUACCCAAAACACACAUACAAGACUGGGUAAACCCCAUGGUACGUGUGAAAAUAUUCCCAGCCAGUUUUCUAAAUACAAUCAUCAUUACGAGACUGUCAGGGAAUGUACACAAAGGCAAAGAAUGGAAGCUAUGCUAGAUAUGUGCCACUGCAUUCCUUGGUACCUGGCGGAGAGACUAUUUACCUUGAAUAAAACAGAUGUUUUAGAUGCGUACAGUGAGCGAUUGCAGCAGGACAAGCGCGACGGAGGACGAGAAAGACGUCAAACACGGGAUAGCCCAGAUAUCCCACCAACUGAUGAAGUGGUACAGUCUACGAGUACGUCAGCUUGGGCAACUUCUGAACCAAUAUUCAAGACGCACUACUCACAAUUAACAUGUGGGUUCGUGGAAAUGUACAUUUGCGAUAAGAAGUUGGACACAGCUGUCAUGAAUGGGGACAUUACAUUUGAACCUUGCCAUGAACCUUGUGAAUAUCAUGAGUGGAACGUAGAGAUUGCCUCAACAUUGUUUCCACCAUCAGAGGAAUAUUUUGAGAGAUUCCUGAAAGAUCAGGUUUACACGAUUGAAACUCCGACGUACGAGUUUAUACGAGAUAACAUGGCUCGAGUUCACAUAUACUAUGACGAGUUGAAAGUUAUGAACAAGGUGCAAACGAAAGCAUACGAACCUCAAAACUUUAUUGCAGAGUUUGGAGGGACCGUGGAUUUGUUUAUUGGAUUUUCUUUCUUCACAGUAUUCCAGUUGAUCGAAAUUUCGUUUGCUUGGUGUUUGGCCAAACUGUGGCAACGAAGGAAGAAUCUUAAUCAGAUCGAAGACAAUUCGAAUAAUACAAAAUCUGCAAAUUCAGCGAAUCGUAGUGUAGUGUGA